AUGAAUCCCAAUGGAUCCCAAGGUUUCGGUGACUCUGCAGCUCCAGGUCGUAGGUUUGCUGGUCCGCAUGGCGGUCGUGGUGGACGCGGGGGUGAUGGUCUUGGUGGAGGUAAUGGUGCUGGCUUCCCUGUUGGCCGUGGUGGUGGCCGUGGUGAAGGCGCUGGUGGUGACAUGGGGCUUCCCUUUGCUGGAGGACAUGGUGUAGGCCGUGGUGAAGGCGCUGGUGGUGAAUUUGGUCUUGCCUUUGCUGGUGGACGUGGUGUAGGCCGUGGUGAAGGCAAUGGUGGUGAAGUUGGUCCUAUAUUUGGUGGUGGACGUGGUGUCAUAAAUGGUGAAGGCGUUGGUGGUGGUCGUGGUUAUGGCUUUGGUGGUGGAUUAGGUGGGGGUCAUGGUUAUGGAUUUGGGGGUGGACUAGGUGGGGGUCGUGGUUAUGGAAUUGGUGGUGGCCAUGGUGGACUGAAACAAGAACUUUUUUAA